AUGGCCAAGCUUCAGCAAGAGAAUAGAAUGAUUACCUAUGAAAAGCGCAAACUAGAACAAGAGAUUGGAUUCUUAAAGUCUCAUGUGGAGCAGAUUCAGAGUAACCUUACUCUUGAGCAGCGCAAGCGGACAUACGAUCGAGAAUUCAGUGAGAGUGUUGGAAAGCAUACAAUGUCACCUCCAACACAAAAGGUGAUACUGGCUCAAGCACUCGACGAGAUGAAAAAGUUCGUGCGGAGAGAGACACUAGCUUCCAUCAAGCUCGAUUGCAGAUGCACAAUCAACACUGCCAACUGCAUUUUCUGCUCCGAAAUCCCGAAGUUUUUCAACGGUAACUCCUCGAGAUUUGCGACGACCGAUAGCAUUAACAGCUCCAAACACGGAGUCGGAGCCAAGCAAUGGAUCUUACAACUCUGA